AUGUCGGGUGGAGUCACUUGGCAGACAAUCCGGUCUGCCUUUUCUACUGGAGGGUUUCCGGAUGAACCGCCUCUUCUACAAGAACUUGAUAUUAAUUUUAAUCACAUCAAGUCCAAGGGAUUGACCGUGAUGAACCCAUUCAAACAAAUAGACAGAAAUAUCAUGGACGAUACUGAUCUGGCAGGUCCAAUUCUAUUUUGUUUUCUGUUUGGAGGGUUUCUUUUCCUAUCUGGCAAAGCUCAUUUUGGAUACAUUUAUGGAGUAGCAACUUUGGGUUGGUUGUCCAUGUACUCGAUUCUGAAUCUAAUGAGUGAUACAGGGAUCGAUGGGUAUCGCACUGCAAGUGUUCUUGGAUACGCACUCUUGCCAAUGGUGCUUCUUAGCUCUUUAACAAUAGUGUUUAAGAUGCAGGAUAUUACUGGAGUGAUAUUGAGUGCAGUGACGGUAGUUUGGUGCACAAACUCUUCAUCAGGCAUGUUUGUGACAGUAUUAUCAAUGAAGGAACAGCGACUGUUGGUAGCGUACCCAGUGGCAUUGCUGUAUAGUGCAUUUGCACUGCUUGCCGUGUUUUAA